AUGACCGCCUUCCCCGAGUACGCAUUCCCAUCACAGCACACCCUGUUCGACAGUUCUGAUGGCUAUACCUUCAAUAUUGGGGCACCAGCGCAGCAUUUCUUAAAAGAUGCUGCCAUUUUGAUGAAGGAAGCUACGGUCAAAAAGCUGGACGAGGAAAUCAACGUGCAUCAAGGUCGGUUGCUCCAGUAUGGUGCUGCCUGCGGUGCCCGUGACUAUCUGGAAGCUGUGAGAAACUUCUUGGCUGAUCAGUAUCAAGACGAUAACGUGGAUGUGUAAGUUCUUCAUGGGUCCAAAAGGCGUGCGUGCUGAGCCUACGUAUGCUGUAAUAAGCCUAAUAUGUGACUAAAAAUUACGUAAUAUGCCUAAUAUUUGUGCUGCUAAGCCUAAGCGUUACGCAAUAAGCCUGAAAUGUAUGCAGCUAAGCUAAAAAAUGGCGUAAUAAGCCUAAAAUGCGUGCUGCUCUUUAUGUAAUAAGCCUAGAAUGUUUGCUGCUCAUUAUGUGAUAAGCCUAAAAUGCGUGCAGCUAAGCCUAAAAAUGGUUCAAUAAGCCUAAAAUGCGUGCUGCUCUUUAUGUGGUAAGCCUAGAAUGUGUGCUGCUCAUUAUGUAAUAAGCCUAAAAAAUUAGGUGCUACAAAACAGAAAAGAUUGAUGAAGAUGCUAAUACACAACAUUUUCAGUCAAAAUUUGGUGCAAACCGCGGGCGCAACUACCGCCCUUAUCAUCCUACUAAACCAAAUGUUUCCUCAAAAAACUACCGUUUACUUCGAACAAUUGUCCUACUUUUUGGCGGCCAAAAUUCUGAAAAGUGUUGGCUUCGAAUGCAAAGGAGUUGAUACGGGUUCUACUGGAAUUGAUCUAGAAGAUUUGGAAAAACGCCUACAGGAAGAUACGGACAUGACUACUAUUGAAGAAAAGCGAAAGGACAGAGUCUACAGUAGUGUAAUUUAUGUGGUACCUAUUUAUCAGAAUCCUAUUGGAGUGGUUUUGUCGGCAGGUGAGAGCGUCGUACUAUGAGUUUGGGGUAGACUUUGAAAGGUAUUACUGUACUUUGGGUGUACAUUUUGUGUUCUGUCUAUGUUCUUUAUUAUAUGGAAAUUACUUUGUAAAAACAUUACUUAUAAAGCUUCAUACUUUAGAAAAAUGUCAAAAGUUAGUUGCACUGGCCCGAAAAUACAACAGCCUAGUGUUCUGCGAUGACGUCUACAACAUGUUGCACUACGAUGGAACUGUACAAAAACGGCUGUUCGCUUAUGAUAACAAAAACGAUAAGGAUUACGGCAAUGGUCAUGUUGUAAGUAAUGGAACCUUUUCCAAGAUUUUGGCACCAGGUUUGCGUUUGGGGUGGAUGGAACUGCCAAAAGCGAUAAAGGACAAGUACUUUUACAAAAGGUAGGCGUUUGUUAGAAUGGUGUGUUUGUUGAUAUUUGUUGUUCAAUGUGUGUUUUUGAGUGUUUAUUAACAACGAAGUAUAUGUUUCUAAUUGUUUUCUUUUGCUUUUUUAGAUAAUAUGUGUGAUCUUUUUAAAUUUAUGUUUGUUGCACGUUUUUGUUUAUAUUGUAGCUUUGUUGGUGUGUAUGGUGUCGCUUUUUGAGUUUUUUUUUGUUUUUACUAAUUGAUUGUAAUCUUUUUUUAUCAUUUACGAUAGUUUUUACCCAAGGUGUUAUAAAAUUUUAGGUAAAAGUAACAAAUUAUUUGUUUUUAUUUAAAUGACACAGUAGGAUAUACAUUUUUUGAAAGUAAAAGUCGAGAAAUAUCUCCAUAUUCUCAAAAAAAUUCCAUAAUAUAAACUUUAUAACAAAAGUUGGCGAAUGCCCAACAACAAAGCUCCACCGCACGAAAUACUGUAAGCACAUGUUUGCAGUGACAUCCUGGUUUCUAGUGGCAGUCUGAAUACGUACACCGGGGGAAUUGUCGCCGAGCUAUUGAAGGACGGGAAGGCAAAAGCUCAGGUGGAGAAGAUUCGCAAUGAACAGAAGCUGAAAAUGGAGAUUUUGCUGAAUGAACUGGACCAACAUUUGCCAAAAGAUUGUAGUAUCAUCGCUAAACCAGAUGUAUGUUUGAAAAUAUUAGUGCCGACAUAAAGAACCAGCCAUGCUUUUCCUGUAAAAAAUGGCGGGUUCUUUAUGUCGGUACCUAAUAUAUAACUGUGUCGAUACCUGCCGAAGAACAUACCAAAAUUAUUUACUUUAGGGUGGGUAUUUCGUCCAAGUUUUGGUACCACCACGAGUGAAUUGUGUUGAUUUUGUCGCGAAAAUCAAGGAAAGCCACAAGAUCUUGCUCCACGAUGGCAGAAAGUAAGUUCUUUUUAUUUUUUUAAAUAAUUUUUUAAAAAUAAUCACGAUUUUAAAAUCAAUUUGACUUUUUUUUCUCACAAAACCGUUUUAAGGUUUGUACCUGACGACCGUACUAACUACAAACAUCCGGAGUACGCCAACAGUAUCCGUCUAUGUAUCGCGUUUAUCGAAACCGAUAAGAUUGCCGAGGGCAUUCGAAUCUUCUGCUCCGAAGUUGACAACUACGGUCGUUGA